AUGCCAGCGACUUUUCAAAAGACACUCUUGGCGGCUAUUAUCAAGAGCCUCCUUCGGGGGAAAUCACUGGUGCAGUCACUCUUGGCUUACUGGGGCAGCUCUCUGGGACUCGAGACAAAUACAAAGACGCGAGUCGCCAAUACGCCACGCAAAUCUGCCCAAGACUUUCUCAAAGAGGCAGAGGCUCUAUUCCUCGACCCUGUCGGUCAAGAUGGCCUACAAGAACUAUCCAACAACAUACGGAAACAACUCCUAGAGCGAUUGGAAACUGAUAUGGAGUGUAUGCUACCGUCAUACAGUCAUCAGCUACCAAGAGGUACAGAGGUUGGCCGCUUUGUGGCAUUGGAUGUUGGUGGUUCGACCCUCAGAGUAGCAUUGGUGGAACUGUGCGGUCGCGUGUCCAAUAUCGGGGAGGAGAGCAGGAUCGUGAGCAUGAGGAACUUCCACAUCACACCUGAGAUCAAAGCCCUAGAAGGCAGGUUGUUCUUUGACUGGAUGGCCGAGAAAAUACUAGAGACUCUAUCAGCAGAGCUAGAGCAGCAAGAUACAUCUGAUGGACCUUUGCCUAUGUCGAUGGCAUGGAGUUUUCCCAUUGAACAAACAUCACUGGCAGGUGGCAAGUUGCAAGGGAUGGGCAAGGGCUUCGCUGCGUGCAACGGGUUGUUAGGUCAAGAUCUUGGAGAGAUCGUACGAACAGCCUGCUUGAACCGCGGUCUCAGUGUAGAACUUCGAGCUAUUGUCAACGACUCCAGUGCAUGCUUAUUAUCGGAGUCGUAUAACCACCCCACAACAAGAUUCGGACUCAUCCUUGGUACUGGCGUCAACCUUGCUGCCUAUCUUCCUGUAUCCGCCAUCGGACGUGUCAAAUUUGGCGAGCGUCCUCCCCAAUGGUUCGAGAAAGCGACACAUGUCAUCAUCAACAGCGAGAUCAGUAUGAUGGGACGUGAUAUCUUGCCCUUGACAAGAUGGGAUCGGCAAUUAUUGGCGAAUCACUCCCGGCCUGAGUUUCAGCCUCUAGAGCAUAUGGUCAGCGGCAUGUAUCUGGGCGAGAUUUGCAGAUUGGCACUUGUUGAGGCGAUUGAGUCGACUGGGGUUUUUGGAGGUGUUGUUCCUGUGUCCCUGGAGAAACCUUACUCGUUCUCAACCGAGACGCUCUCUAUCAUUGAGAGGGAUACGAGCUCUGAUGCCGAAGAGGCGCGCGAGCAAUUUUCCUCUCGCCACCCAUCGAGCCAAACCCCCACAGCUGCUGAUCUAACAUUCCUCAAGCAGCUAGCUGGCUUGAUCUCCAGGCGCUCAAGUGCGCUUGUUGCUGCUGGCGUACACGCUUUCUGGAACUUGCGCAUCGACAGCCAGAACAAGUUCGUAUCCACACUAUCACCCGAAUCAUCUGAGCGAGACAGCGCGGAAGCAGACCGUGACCUGGCCGAGACGACAGUAGCCUACAACGGCGGCGUUAUCGAGAGCUACCCUGGCUAUCUUGAUAGUUGCCAGUCAUACCUGAAUGACUUGGUAGCGGCUGACAAGAUGGAAAAGUCUGGAAACAGAACCAUCAAGCUUGUGUCAGCAAAGGAGAGCUCCCUGAUGGGAGCAGCAGUGGCUUUGGCCUCUUUGGAAGAGGUCGUAGAGGGGCCAUUGGGCGUGGUCGGCUAA